AAUUAAAUACAGUAAUAGGCAAAGGAUGUAAAGAGAGAGAGAAUGUCAUUGAUGGAUGCUGGUUAUGUGGUGCUUUUGAUUUACUAAAUGCUUGUGUGUCAAAAUCUGUGAUGCACACACCCUGAGCAAAUGAUGCAAAUGUAUGUAAAACUGGAGUGAUGUAACUUCUGGGUGGGGUUUCUUUUUCGGGGAAUGAAAGUUAAUGACAAUGGAGAGAGAUUGUGAAGAAAACGAAACUCUACUGUACAUAAAUAGGAGAGAGAAGCAGAAAUUAAAGACUGAAGAGAAGAAUCCAGAACUGACACCUCCGUCAAGCCUCUCAUGCUAUGGGUGCUGCGCUCUUCAGUCAACCUUCAAGUUUACUAUCCGACACAACCACAAUGACUACACCCGUGGUCAUCUCUCGCCACCUUCACUGCCCCAUCUGCAAGAACCUGCUGACAGAUCCGGUCUCAACCACCUGUGGACACACCUUCUGCAAGGACUGUCUGGACAAGCACAUCAGCAUAACCGAGCUGCAGUGCCCUCUUUGCCAGGAGCCUGUGACCACCAAACCCUCCAUCAACGAAGCCAUCGAAGCCCUGCUGCGAGAGUUUCGACAGACUCAGCUACCCAACCUAGACCUCUUCUGUGGAGAAAGAGACGCGAUUCCGUGCGACGUCUGUGACGAACACCUCACGUUUAAAGCCGUGAAGUCCUGCCUGAUCUGUCUGCUCUCCUUCUGCGAUGAGCACCUGAAGCCUCACCAGUCUAUGGCAAGAUUCAAGGGCCAUAAGCUGGUGAAUCCUGUGGAGAAGCUGGAUCAGAGAGCGUGCAAUACGCACGGCAGACCUCUGCAGCUCUACUGCAGACGUGACGAGCGCUGCAUCUGCGCCUUGUGUGUGAAGACGGGUGGAGACGUGGUACCUGUGGAGUCAGAGAGAGAGAGGAGACAGGCCGUGCAGCAAAAUACUAUUGAGGUGAUGGAAAGGAUGAUCAAUAAGAGGGAAGACAAACGUGAGAAGCUUAAGGAAUCAGCUGCAAAAUACCAGUACUCAGAAAGCUUAGUGUGUGUUUGUACAGGCCGUGCAGCAAAAUACUAUUGA